CUCUCCCAGCAUCAGCACCACGCGGUUACAUGCGAUCUCUGACUGGUUCCAAAGCCGGGGAAGAGUGUCGGUUUCAAACCUGAAAGACUAAAUCGAUCCGUUCUACAACACAAGGCAACAGGUUUUUCUCGACCUCUAGGACAUAAGGGCUGAAUUGUCUUUAAAAUAAGAAUAAUUUCAGCGUCGAAAGGGAAGUUGGAAGGCAAUUACUGGUGUGCGAACAAUCCACAGCUGUUGCUGUUUAAUUUGGACAGUCAUGGACGCGCUAAUGAAGGGGUUUUCAAAGGCCAAGGAUGGGGUCGUGGCAGCGGCAGAGAAGACGAAGCAGGGCGUGACGGGGGCGGCUGAGAUGACAAAAGAUGGUGUUAUCUUUGUCGGCAACAAAACAAAAGAUGGAGUCACAACAGUUGCAGGUAAAACAGUGUCUGGGGUGUCCCAGGUGGGCGGUGCCAUGGUGACAGGU